AUGGCUCAACACCCAGCUUAUACAAUCGGCGCACUUUGUGCUAUUGGCGGUACCAUAGGUUACGUCAAGUCCCGAAGUACUCCCUCUCUCGUCGCUGGUCUUGCUUUUGGUGGUCUAUUCAUCGCUUCUGGUUACAUGAUCCAAACAAACGCAAACUAUGGUGUUGAACUAGCAACUGCUACUUCUGCUCUCCUACUACUUGCCAUGGGCCCAAGGGCUGCAAGGACUCAGAAACCUGUUCCAUUAUUGUUGUCUACGAUGGGUGCAGUCGGCUCGGCUUAUUAUGGAAUGAAGCUCAAUCAGCAGUACAAUGGGGUAUAA